AUGCCGUUCGCCGAGAUCUUCAAGCUGCCCCCCGGCUUGCCGGCCAGGGUAUGGCGCUGGAGCUCGGGACGUCCCCAGGCUGGGACACUGGUUGAUGACAUCGAGCAACCGAGCACUCCGCCAGCCAGAGGCGGUGUCUACUUCCCCAGCAUAGACGAUUCUGCGACAGCCGACCAUGGAGCCUCCUCCCCCGGCCUCUGCUUCCGAAAGAGAACCCCGUCGUCGUCAUCACCAUCAUCGCCAUUUGCAAACCCGCCUUCAAAACCAUCACGUCUAAGGCCCCUCUGCCACCUCGGCUUCAUCAGGCUAUCGCAGUUCAGGAUGUUCCUCCUCCUGGCCUUCGUCUUCCUCGGCGGCUACGUCCACUACCUCUGGAAGGCCGAGGCCGCCCUCGGCGUCGCGUGGACCCCCGACCCGGAGACCAGGCUCUUCGAGCAACGCCCGCUGCUGCCCCCCAUCAAGGAGACGAGCAUCGAGGCCUACACCCUGCCGCUGCACACAAAGGGCCGCGACGUCGUCGACGAGCACGGCCGCCGCUUCAAGCUGCUGUCCGUCAAUUGGUACGGCGCCAGCGACGAGCUCAACAUCCCCAGUGGCCUCGACGUCCAGCACCGCGACACCAUCGCCCAGACCAUUAGAGGUUUGGGAUUCAACAGCGUCCGCCUGCCCUACAGCGACGAGAUGGUCAUCACCGACCCGCCCGUCCCCGCCGAGCUGCUCUCCGCCAACCCGGACCUCGUCGGCAUGCACGCCCUCGACGUCUUCGAGGCCUGCGUGACGGCCCUCACCGACGCCGGCAUCGCCGUCAUCGUCAACAACCACAUCACCCACUCGACCUGGUGCUGCGGCGCCGACCCGUGCGACGCCCACUGGGCCAACGACCACCUCGGCCCGCUGUGCCGCAUCAAGCAGACCGAGGAGGACUGGAUCCAGCACUGGGAGAAGAUCAUGCUCCGCCUCGUCGACAACCCGCGCGUCAUCGGCGUCGACCUGCGCAACGAGGUCCGCGGCCUCUGGGGCACCAUGUCGUGGGACAAGUGGGCCACCGCCGCCGAGAAGGCCGGCAACCGUCUGCUGGAGAUGAACAAGGACUGGCUUGUGAUUGUGGGCGGCACCGAGUCCGGCAACGACCUCACCGGCGUGGCCGACCGCCCCGUCGUGCUCAGCGUGCCCGACCGCGUCGUCUACUCGGCGCACGUCUACGCCUGGUCCGGCUGGGGCAGCGUCGAGGGCCGCUACUCGAAGCGCGGCUACGCGUCCUUCGUGAAGGCGAUGCGGAAGAACUGGGCGUACCUCGUCGAGGGCGACCAGGCGCCCGUGUGGGUGGGUGAAUUUGGCGCGCCGCACCGUCCGAGUAUUGGUGAUGCAAACUACUGGAACAACCUGCUGCGGUACCUCAAGGUCAUCGACGCCGACUUUGGCUACUGGGCCGUCAACCCGCGCAAGCCCCACGAGAACACCAAGGAGACGUAUUCGCUGGUGGAGGACGACUGGGUCACGCCCGUGCUGGACUACAGGAUGAAGGACAUGGUCGAGAUCAUGCGGGCUUAG